AUGAGCAAGACAUUCAGCGCCGAGGAGGUCAAGAAGCACGCGUCGGAGGAGUCCGUCUGGGUCGUCGUCGACGGCGGCGUGUACGACGUGACGUCGUUCCUCGACGACCACCCGGGCGGCAAGAAGAUCCUGCUGCGCAACGGCGGCAAGGACGCGACCGAGGCCUUUUGGACGUACCACAGCGAAAAGGUCCUCAAGAAGCAGGGCGGCAAGCUCAAGAUCGGCGAGCUGGAGCCGUCGUCGAAGCUCUAA